AUUCGUCACAUCCCUUGUAAUUUUGCACCCAUUUUCUCCCUUCUCCCCACUCUACACCAUAUGGCUAUGUUCAAUUCUUCCUUCUCCAACCCAUCUGGGUUUGGUGCUUCGGAUUCUAAAUUUCGUUUUCUCAACUCAAACCUUGGGUCUGGCCUUAAUGGGGUUGUUAAUGGGAACGACUUGAUUAAUUCUAGUAUUCCUCGUCCUUCUAGUCCUACCACUGGACUACUUCUACCACAAAACAACCCGUUCCAAAGCAACCAGUAUCCUACGUUUCAUUUUGGCAGUGGCACUAGCAGUGCCCAGCUUGCUAUGACGACUGGGGUUAGAAUGCCAUACAUUGGACAGCCAAGGGUUAGUGUUCACACACUUGCCGAUCGUUGUAAUCAUCAGUACUAUCCAGGUCUGACCGAGGUCUAUAUAACGGAGGUGAAAACCACUAGGUUUCUUACGCCAACUUCCACUGCAGACCGCCUUCUGCAUCUGCAACCUUCUGGCAUAAGUCGCGGGGAGGCUCUUUAUGAGUACUCCACGUCCACGGCCAACCGCCUUCAGUUGGCUCUGGCUCGUCGUGACAAUAAUUAUAAUUCUAUGAGAAAUGAGCCCAGGAGCCAAUCCAUGUUAGCCAGCUCUUCGAACGUCCAACGUAAUUUUCAUCAAUUUCUUGGUUCAAUUCCGGGCAUGGAUGAUCCGCCUUUGACUAGACAGGCGCUGGUGAACCAAAAUUUUAAUAAUCGACUGUCAGUCAUGGACAACCGGUCUUUGGGACUAGUACCAAAAGAAGUUCUUGAUCCAGAGCCAGUAAGUGUCUACGUCCCUGAAGAUCAUCCUGGAGGUCAACAAAUCUCAGGCAAUAUCGAGCUUCUAGAAAUUGAGCAGAAGCCUAAUGUGGCCGGGGCUGGUGGUCCUAGCAACAGGAUGAACGGAGAAUCUAGCCAGCAGGUGGAAGAGGUUGAUGAAUCUGAUGAUAAUAGUGUUGGAUAUGAUGGAAGGACACAUGGUAUUUCUUACGGGCUGUAUGGUCCAUACAAGUGCCCUAAAUGUUGGCGCAUCUUCCCUACAUCCCAACAUUUUGCAUCUCAUACGUUGACGCACUACAGGAAUGAAGAAACUGCUGAGCAAAAGAGGAAAAGACUUGAGGCAAGGAGCAGAGGUUUACGUUUCCGUAUCACUGAAACCACUGAUGGACUCUCUGUCUGUCCUGACGAGGAAGAAAUGAAGAGGUUGAACAAGAGGGGAAGGCAGGCUGCUUCAGGAAAUUAAAAGGAGAUAUAUAGUUGUGAAGGUUGAUCAGGAGAGUGGAGCUCAGAAUAAGAUUGGAAAUGUAGGCCGUUCAUGAUCAUGGGGCAACAACUUUGGUUUUAAGAUCAAGCAGGAAAACAAAAUUUAAUUUCUUUCAUUUAGGAAAAAAGUUUAGUAUCUGUUAGUCAAGUUUUGGAUUUUCCCUUUUUUUCGUAUCAUCAUUUUGAUAUGAUAAGAACUAUGAAUGAAAUUAUUUAUGAAUAUGAAUCUCUAUGGCAAACAUUUUCUGGGAUGAAUUAUCUUUUUAGUCCCCAAGUCUGUAUAGAAGUGAAAUUUGAUCUUCAACAUUCACUUUUGCUGGUUUCAUGGCCUCACAGUUAUGUUAUGUGACCUUGUCUUGAAAAAAGUCUAUACCUUGACCAGUUAUCCUCUCUUAAGUCCUGACAGAAAAUGUAUUUUGUGCAAAAAAGUUUAAUUACCUUGUAUAAUCUUUGAAGACAAAAUAAGGUUUAAAUUUUAGU